AUGAUCUCUGAUAGUUUCUCCCUGAUCGCUGCUCUGUUUAUCUUCCAGGCUUGUUUUUCAUCGUUAGUUAGUCAGGACUAUGUGAACGGUACGGAUCAGGAGGAGAUUCGAACCGGCGUGGACCAGUGCAUCCAGAAGUUCCUGGAUGUGGCUCGGCAGACGGAGUGCUUCUUCCUACAGAAGAGGCUUCAGCUUUCUGUGCAGAAACCAGAGCAGGUGUUGAAAGAGGACGUGUCGGACCUGCGUAAUGAGCUGCAGAGGAAAGAACUGCUGGUUCAGAAGCAUCUGGCCAAGCUGCACCACUGGCAGCAGGUGCUGGAGGACGUUAGCGGUCAGCAUCGUAAACCCACAGACCUUCCUCCUCCGGGACCACUGGCCUUCCUGGAACAGGCCUCGGCUAGUCUGCCCCCAGCUCCUCUAAAACCCAGCUAAGACACCAAAGCGCCUUGUGAUCUGUAGAAACCGCCAUGCAGCCCUGCUGUGAGCAGGAGAGCCGCCAUGCUGGAGGAGAAGCUGCAUCAGGAUGGAAACAUGCGUUUCGGUUUGUAGACUGUAUAGACGUUGGACUGAUGUACAUUUUUACUUUUACAUUUUCUUUUUAUUUCUAGUUUUUGAUGUAAAUAUUUUUGAUAUUUUUCUUAUGUAAAAAUAAAAUAAACGAAUCUGAUACUAUUUUCUCACCUGACUUC